AUGGUCGAGCUACUGCAAGAUCUUCAAGCCAUUCUGCCGUUUCCUGAAGAUGCCAAAUCAUCACCUCACGUUAUAGAGUGGUUGAACGUAUUAAUAGGCAAAACAAACGAACCAAUUCAAUGUUUCUUGCCUAUAUGGUACUUUUCGUACUUAGAAUCCUACUCUAAACGGUUUCCAAAUGUAACGGUUGCUGACAAAUGGAAAUUAGUUCAAGAUUGGUUGAAUAAUCCUUCGUUGUUACUGAAUACUGGUGUUUCUGCGUUGACAUUAGGUGAAAGUUAUACUUUUCAAUUGCCUGAGCAAUGGGCCCGCUCAAUAGAGGAAUUUGGGCUCUGGAUCCAGCUUGAUGAACCUUACCGGAGAAAAGAUGUACCUUUCUAUGCUCAGCUAAGAAUAAUGGUCGGUGACGAGGAUGAGACGUUUGAAUAUCUACUGUUCGAUAACGAUGUGAAAGUGUCACUGAGUGACAAAUUUGAUCAAGCUGGUCUUUAUUGUAUUAAAUUCAAGACAGAGAGUCCGAUUGAUAUAUCUACUAUCAGUUCUCUGAAAGGUGACGGUUCUAUUGUGAACUGUACAUGGAUAUUUGACAUGCAGUUGUUCGUCGAAACUGAAGACGUUGAUCGUUUGCAAGACCUUCCAUUGGGUAGAGUAUUAUGUGUCGAUACUGCAAACUAUAGCCAGGGUAAAGACUGGGAUCAUAUUUAUGUUCCGUUUGAUCAACAAUUAUGUGACUUUUUGUACAAUAAGUCGGAUAAUUCAUCUGUUUUCGGCCAGCAAAUGCAGGAUAUUGAACCAGAAUUAAUCCAAAUACUAGAUCCUGGUUUCGAUUUUAAGCCUCUUCAUUCAUACAUCAUAAAAGGCACAUCUAUUUCGGAAAAACCAAUCGAUUUUUUCAAGCCCCAAGAGUACAAUGCGACAUCAAUGCAAACCGUGCUUUGUAGUUAUCAGAAUAAAAAAACAUUCGUAAACCUACUGGAAGAUAAUGAUGAGGAUUAG